AUGGAUGGUGCAGCACUCAGUGGCGGCCUGGAUGGCACCGUGAGCGGCGUCACAGGAGCGCUCCGGGAGCUUUCGCUAGGGGAGUUGAACAGAGGGGAACACCAUUUGAGGGAACGUGGGUCAGGCUUCACUCGAAAGCCGACAAAACCUGUUUCACCGAAAAAUGGUGCAAGUCGAGUUCUGGAACGCCAUUUCCCCGAGGGAACGGAAACCCAUCCCGUCUCUUUGCAAGAUAGUGACCUGGAGACUGAAACUGGGAGUUACGCGGCAGAGGAACGCCCCCACGAGGAACAGGGCGUUGUACCGAGGUUAAAAAACGAAAUAUACCACCUUAGACUCGAACUGUCACAAAAGGAAGAAGAUGCGGCCCGCUUGCAGAAGCUUCUGAACCACAGUUGGAGCACCAAAACCCAACAACAACAAACAACAACAGCGACGAGAGCUGUAAGGCACGGUGCAGGGGAUUCAUUCCAGGAUGUUCCCUUGCUGCAAAAUUGCGACGUUUUGUCACAUUGUUCUACGUCCCCUUACAAAGGAAGUAAGACACCUUCUUCUGUCAAGACGUCGGGUUCGCUCGCAACCACCACGGUGGACGAGGCAAACGAAGAGCGGCAGGUGCUUAAGGGUGCGUUCAUGCCUUUUUUACAAAGAACGAUAGAUACUCUGAAGGCAAGCGACGUUUUCGAAGAAGAUGCCCACAGAAUAGACAAGAGAUUUGGGAAACUCAAAGCCGCCAAGUGCGGGACAGAUGGAUAUUUGGAGGCUCUUGUCCAGAUGUUGAACGAAGUGACACAUUUGCAACGGCAGUGCGUCGCGCUGCUGAAUAGAGAGCUUUUGAUUAAACGGGUCUCGUCCCAAUUGGAAUUCCUGUUCACUAUUUUCCUGGAUCCGGAACAAUAUGGGCUCAUGAAACAGGAGCACGUAGAUGAAUUGAAAUCUAGCAUGUUGGAUAUUCUGGUUGAGGUUUUUGACUACGAUUUCGAUACCGGAAGACCAAACGUGCGUCCACCGCUGCCUGAAGGAGAAUUACGGAAAGAUGACACAAGAGAACGUGGCAAGCCUUUUUACAAAAUCAAGAAAGUCAAGACUUUGCAAAAAGGCCUAAAUAUCUGCGUCGGAGCAUUACAAGAAUAUUCCACAACCAAAAUGAUGCAACGCAGCAAGAAACCAGCAACUACAGAUGCUACAACCAGAAAUAAAAUUCAACAUCCGCCGCCGCCAGCAACGGAUGCUUCCAGAUUGCAAACUGCUUUGGAAUUUAUUCCAAUUGGAUUUGACGAGAAAAUGCUUCAAGAAGGCUCUCCUAUUAGGACCAAAUUCUCGAGCGAAAUCAAUCAAAGAAUCCAACUUACUCCUCGUGCUCUAGCUUUGAGAGAAAUUCCAGCGGAAAAUGGCGAUUCCCUUCAGCAGUUUUUCACAGAGUUUUUGCACGAGACAUCGAGUCAAGACAAUUCCAGAUCCUCAAUAGGUAGCGCUGGCGCAAAGUCAUCACGUAGACCGCGCGUCGUUCCUCAAUAG